AGUCUGUAAACAGGAUGAAGCACUGGUGAACAGAACAGAGAGAAGGCAUGUGUUUUUUGGUGAAACGACGGUUCAAGAGAAGAUUUGUUUGAGCUGACUGUUCCUGUGGACUGUACUGGACUAUUCUUCAGAACUCAACAUUAGGCAGAUAUUUUGGGAACGAUACAAGCUGGUUGACAAAGCUUUUGAAUUACAAGAUUUUUUUUUAAAUAAAUCUAGAAGAACUGAGACUGAGGUAUUAUCUGACACACCUAAGGAUAUCUUGUCUCUUGGAUACUGGACCACUCAGAUUCAACACUGUGACAAUGCCUGUGAUUGUACUAGAGGCCAGAGACUUCACCAGUCCCCUUUUUUUGGUGCGGACAUGGGAAGUCUUAUCUGGCUGUACCACCUUCAGUCUUGUGGCCUCGCUGGAGCAUUCAGAGAUAAACAAAAAUCAAUCUUACCACCAAAACCUCAACACAUUCAGGAUCUUCUGCAUGUUUACCUGGUGCUUCUUCUUCACCCUUACACUCCUUAUCCAUAUUCUCAGCGUCAUCCAGUUUCACAGCCUCAUCCCAAUAUCCUGGAAGAACCUGACUAUGACAGUGGCAGUCUUAGGUGCACUGAUGUGUCUCAGUGCUUCUGUGGUUUUCCCUUGGAUCAUCAUGGAUCAUUACAUUGUGUCGCCGCGCCCUGUGGCGGCUGCUGUGGCCUCCUGUCUCACCUUCCUGGCCUACACCUCAGAGUCCUACGUUCUUUGCACCCAAGCCCAUGAGCAAAGGGGCUACAUGGGCAGCAUGCCUGGUCUCCUCAAGACGCUCCAACUCUGGGGAGGCUGUCAGAUGAUACCCCUGAUUGUGGAGGUGGUCUGCGGACUGGCUAGUGAAAUACGUAGUUGGCAGCUGUGGGUCUCUGGAGUGUCAUACGGUGUCUGUGUCCUCAUGUCUCUAGUCACACUGGUGGUAAUAUUAGGUGACUUUGCUGGCCGAUGUCUUCUACCUUUUGACAGAUUUUUGGCUGGCUUCAGUCUGAUUGGGGUGUUGCUCUACAUGGUGGCCACAGUGAUUUGUUUUACCAAGAUCCUGCAGCUGAGAGACUUCUUCCAACGAAACCCCAACAAAAAUGCAGAACUUGUUAUCAUGGAAACAGUGGUUGCCAGUAUUACACUGUUAGCUUAUACAGUGGACCUUGCCUUCUCCAUUAAACUAUUGUGUGACAGGAGUCACGCAUGAAAUAAUGCAUUAAAUGUAUUGCAUGAGAAGUUCAUCAUAUAUAGUCCUGAAAGGUUUAGGAGAAAAUCAUGUCUUUGGCAAGCGUAUAAAACUCAAACUGAAUGGAUGUUUUUGCUGUUAAUUACUGCUGUGUAAUCAAAUUCUCUCUCCAGACCUAUGAAUUGCUAACUUGAAAGACCUAUACAAGUUGUUUACAUAUUGAACUUAAAGUCAAAAAAUUGUAUGAAACUGAGCACCAUGAUCGUGUUCUGGUGAGUUCUACAAAUGGGUUUGGUUUUACUGACAUUUGAAAGUGUUAUGUGACAUUUGUGGUGCAGUUCACUGUGACAUACAUACUAUACAACCAAUAAACCUGGGUUAUGUGACAGGUGCACAGACUCAUGA